CGAUAUUGUCUGGAGCACCUCGGUGUAGUGGUGCUCCAGGUGCUGCUCCCGCCGGCCGAAAUUCUCCUGCGCGUACGCGUUACGUUUGGCCGACUCGACAAUGGCGUCUUAUAUCUUAUGUGUACUGUUUUUCCAGCGGCAAUACAAGUCAACAAACGUCAUUUUUACGGCACAUUUUGGGGUGUAUCUGGCAACAAAGGUUUUGGCAUUGAUUUAUUUCAGGUCAGUGGGAGUCAGUCCCUUUUCUGCGACUCGGUGGUAGCGCGGCGCCCAUUUUUUUACACAAACAAUACGUGAUAUCAUUUCAUUCUUAUUAGUCUGACACUUUACCUCUACGGUCAAAAAGAUUUCUUCCAGGUGUCCUGUAAAGUUCGCCAUCUCAGCCAGCUUCUCUUGCAACCGGUUCCUGGUGCUGUCGAUCUCACUCUGCAGGGAAACAAAUACGAGGGUUCAUCCGAGAUGACACGCUGUGGCGACCCCUGACGGGACAAGCCGAAAGACAUAAAAUGGCCGCCGUACUUUUGACCAGCAGGCCCGUCUCCAGACGUCUACGGGGAAGAUGACGAGCUUGGAGGGCGAGCGCCCGGACAGCCUGGACGGCUGGGUGGCGGUCAAAAGCAACCUUUUCGAAGAGGCCGAGGUCUUCAAGCUGGGUUUUAUCGUCCAGUGGAACGCCAUCGAGUGCAAGUUCGCCGUCACCUGCCACAACCGAACUCUCCAGCGGCAGAAGCGCAAAGAAGAAGUGAGCGUCGCGGGCGGCCAUGAAAGCAGCUGGGCCGGCCUCUUCUCGCUCGGCGACCUGAGACACGUCCACCGGCAGCUGACGUGCGUCGGCGACCAACUGGCGGCCUGCUUUCCCGAUUUGUCCGAGUUCGAAGACGGCAACAUUUGGGACUUGCUCUUCCCGAGUCGGAAGUGCGCCGAGCAGGGGGACUCCUCGGACGCGUCGUGUCGCAAGUUGGAAAAGUACUUCAGCACCGCCAUCGACGUUUGCGGGAGGACGAUCGUGCUCGACGCGCUGUUCGGACACGACGAGCGGGACGCGGACGACUACUUCGAGAACCUCCAGGAGUUCAGGAGGAAGAGCAUGCACGACCAGAUGUCCAGGGCCAAGGAGCACCUGCGCCAGCUGCUGAAGAGUCACGACGGCGCCGACCGGCUGGUGGCGCUGCUGGCCAUCUACGCGGAAGAGGACGAGGCCUACCAGGACCUGGUCACCGAGGCCACCGCCUUCUUCCAGUACCUGCUGCAGCCUUUCCGGGACAUGCGAGAGCUGGCCUGCCUCUACAAAAUGGAGAUCCUGAAGUCCCUGGAGUUUGACGACUUGGGCCCGAAGAGGAUUGAAGCGCUGGAAAGGGAAGCGGAGGAGUGGCGGGCCAAAGCGGAAGACGCAGUGGCUUCUAUCCAGGACAUCACCGUCACCUACUUCGCGCAGACUUCCAAGGCCCUGGCUGGUAUGGUGAAGCAAAUGGAGGAGGACAAGAGUCGCUUCGGAGCCGCCGCCUGGGCUUCUGCGGCUCCGCGGCUGGAGAAACUCCGCUUCCUGCUGGCCAAAGAAGCGCUGCAGCACAUGAGAUCGACCGAGAUGUGCCUAAACGGCAAGAAAGCCAGCAUCAAAAAAGAGUUUGUCAGCUUGUACAGCAGAGACCAGAGUCGGAAAGCGGAGUCCGAUUCUGUGUCCGAGCAGGACCGGCAGCAGGACUCCGUCGACCGAUUGGAGUUGCAGUACUACGAAACCCAACUGGAGCUGUACAACACCAAGUUUGAGAUCCUGAAAAACGAGGAGCAGCUGCUGGUGACUCAGACGGACGCCCUGAGACGUCAGAUCAAAGAACUGAAGGAGGAGGUUGUGUAUUAUGACGUGUGCUUAGAUCCAGAGGAGCUUCACAGCAUGGUCCACGCAGGACCGCAACACACAGAGCCUCCGGCUGUCCGUCAGCUCAAAAGACGCUUGCAGAACCUGGAGACCAAGAGGGGCGAUAUAUGUGCCCGGCGAGCAUACCUGCGCAACAAAAAGGACCAGUGCGUGGAGGCCCGCGAGCAGAAGCAGCUGGCGGCCAAGCACAGAUCCGUCGUCUUCGCCCAGCAUCAUCAGGUCCACUUGAAACGAGAAAAGAGGAAGGAGGAGGAGCAGAGGAGGAAGCAGUGGGUGGACCAGGAGCGAGAGAAGACUCUCAACAGAUUACGAUCCUUCAGAGAGAAAUGCCAAGGUCAGUAUGUCCUGAAGACCCCUCAGUCCAGGAGGUCCCAGGCGGACUCGUCUUGUCCCCCUCAGCCCAAUUCCAUCAUCAGCCUCGGCCCGCCUCCCUCCAUCCGGCCUGCACCGCGACGCAAAAAAAAUCUGGUGAAACCGCAACCUCAAGACCCGCCGGUCCAAGUCUUCUCGGCACCAUCGCCUCCUUCCGGAAUCGUGCCUUGUGUACCCCCUCCCCCGCCGCCGCCUCCUCCCCCGCUGCCGCCGGUCACUACUUCCUGUGCGGACAAACCAAUGCCGCUCAGGGACCGGGAAGACGCACCUUUUCCAGCAAAGAGCACACUCACGCAAAACAUAGGAACCAUGGACGAAGUGUUAGCCUCGCUGCAGCGUGGACAAUUCCGUCUCCGGAAGGCCCCCGGACGAGAAGGGCCGCCCCCCUCCGCCGGCGACCCGAGAAGCAGCCUGAUGUCGGCCAUCCGACAAGGAGUCACUUUGAAGAAGGUGGUUCCGACUCGCGGCGAAGUCCACGGCGGCGGCCGCCGAGACAACGAGCUGGAGCGGAGCAUCAAAGCCGCCAUGAUGAGGAUGAAGAAGGUGUCGGCCGACUCCGAGGACGACGAGGACGAGGACGGCGCGCCCAGCGGCGACUGGGACUCUUGAGGACGUUGCUACACACACAAAUCCAUCCGCCCUCGGUAACUUUUACCGCUUUAUCGGCCCGAUUUUUCUACGCAAGUUUGCCAAAGUCGUUGGACGGCUGGACCUCGAAUCGGGGAUUUGAUGCGUGCGGAAUUCGAGCUUGCGAGA